AGGGGAGCGGGCCACCAUGGGCGCCUGCUGGCUGCGCUGCGUGCUGCUGGGCUGCUGCCUGGCGUGGCGCUGGGGCCGGGCCCAGAGGCCGUCAGGCAGCGGCGUCGGGGGCGAGUACUGCCACGGCUGGGUGGACGCGCACGGCCGCCCCCACGAGGGCUUCGCUUGCCCCGAGCGCUUCGACGCCCCCGGCGCCACCAUCUGCUGCGGCUCCUGCGCGCUGCGCUACUGCUGCGCCCUGGCCGAGGCGCGCCUGGAGCAAGGCGCCUGCACCAACCACCCCGACGAGCCCGCCCGGCCGCCCGGCCGCGCCCAACCGGUCUAUGUACCUUUUCUUAUCGUUGGAUCGAUAUUUAUUGCCUUCGUCUUUGUGGGCUCUCUGGUCGCCGUUUAUUGCUGUUCGUGCCUAAGGCCCAAGCGGACUUCGCAGCCGCCCAUCCGAUUCUCUCUCCAGAGCUACCAGAUGGAGACUUUACCAAUGAUCUUGAACUCCACAAGUCUAAGGACCCCUUCACGGCAGUCCAGUACGGCGACAAGUUCAAGUUCUACUGGGGGCUCCAUCCGCAGGCUCUCAUUUGCUAGACCUGAAUCGGGAUGCAUCAUGGCCUCUCCGCCUCCCCCUUAUUCAUCUGGCUGUUUACAAAUGGGCCAUUCUGUCCACCUCUCGCAGCCUUCUGGAUUUUUGGUAUCAGCCCCGUGUUUUUCCUAUCCUCUCCGUUCUGAACCACCGGUAACUGGAAAGAGCGUUCCAGAUUUUAGUCCGAGCUGAAAGGAGUUUUUCAAAACAGAACGCUGGAUUCACAGAGAAGCACAGUUAACUCCUGCUUUGUGUAGUUUUCAGCAAUGUGUUUUGUGGCCACGGGAUUCAAAACUAUGCGAAUGGGUGAGCUGCCCUUUUGCAAGUGCGUAUGGCUGCAAAACGAAUGUCCUGAAUUGCAGCAUCACCCUCGUGUCGGCCGUAGUUAAAAAUAUGUUGCAAACUAAAGUUUUCUCUUUGGAGUUCAUGCGUACAUCUGUAGUUCUAACCUGAGCAGAGGUCCUACGGAUACAUGUAGAAUAAGGCACUGUGGGGAAAUGAGGGAAGAAAAUUGUAGAGGACAGCUAAGUAAUGGCCAUGGCUUAGUCUAGCCGAAGUUAAGCACUUUUAAAGGUUCUGUUCCUUUGGCACUUCUGAGUAAACAUGUUGAAAUUUGAACUACAUGUCGCGUGUGUUUGUGUGUGGCACCAAGUCCCAGCUGACUUAUGGCAACUCAGUAGGGUUUUCAUGGCAAAAGACAUUCAGAGAUGGUUUGCCACUGUCGGCCUCUGUGUGCUGAGAGAGUUCUGAGAGGACUGUGAGUGGCCCAAGGUUACCUUCACAUCUUACUGAUUUUAACAUUCAUGUUUCUCCAGUUAAAUUCAGCAUACUGACCCUGGGCUGGAUUGACUGGGUUAAAGGGGUGGGUAGGAAGAACUUAGGUUUACUAUCCACAAGCAAUCAAAAUAAGAAUUAGCAUCACUAAUCAUAAUGAGAAUUAUUUUAUAAAUUAGUAUUAAAAUACUGGAGCAUUUAAAUGGCAAACUGUGAAAUUAGAUUAAUCAAUAUCGCCCAGAAACUUUCAAAAAGUAUAUAACAAGGACAUAAGCAAUCCAUUUGCUAAAAUCCUUGUGCCAGCAAGUAAGGACUGAACUAUAAAAAAAACUGUAACAAGACUGAUUUUACAAGCGGAUGCGAUAGAGCAGAUGUAUAGAACUGAAAGCCCUAUAGAGUGUAUAGUAUAAGGAUACAGAGCAGGAUUUUAAUAUUGAGUUUCAUGUAUUGUCUGGGGUCUCACAGUUCAGACGUCAUCUAGGUAGUGUAUACAAAUUACACAGAUUUUUAAAUGUUAAAUUUCACAGAUGUUAAAUUUUACAGAUUUUAAAGUGUUAAUAGUAGAAUUAGUCUUAAAUAUUUUCUCAAGGAUGUAUUUAUUGUGAAUGUCUUGGAAAACACAAGCUGGAUAGCACGGUCUUAAAAGGUUUUAUAUGUAAAAUUAGCACUAUGACUCUUUUUUUAAAACUGUAAUUCAAAAUGUAUAAGCCCAGUUAACACUAUUUAGAAACCACAGGUUCUUUACCCAACAAAAUGUGAGGAGGAAAUACUUUAGUUAUCAAAUAUGUUUGUUCCGAAUGGACAAAAAUGUAAUUCACUGCAAAAUUACAGAGUUGUCAUCUGUAAAGAACACAGCUGAUCAGCCCUGAGAUACGUUAAAGCAUAUGAAAAUGAUGUCAGAAAUAAAGUUUAAGUAAGUUUGUGAA